ACGCACACACACACACAGUCUUUACCCCAGCACAGGCAGGGCAGGUCAGUAAUGAGCCUCCUGAAAGCAGUGAGUGUGAGUGUGAGUGUGAGUGUGAGUGUGCUGCUGCUGCUCUGAGGCUCUGUUUUCUCCACCUUCAACUAGCUGAACUUUUACCGAGCUGAACUCAGAAAAGACCCGGGGAGAGAGCCGCACCGGCCGGGGGGAGCUGCAGCAGCUCGCCGCUCUGGGGAUGGUGAUUCCUGGGAAGGCGUUGAGGAGAAAACGCGCGAAAAAAGUUUCAUUUUUUUAAUCUUUCAAUCUGUUAAACACCAUAUUUGAGUUUUUCUGGACAAUAACUCUUGCUUGUCACCAUGGGGGACGUGGUUUCUACCCACCUGGACGAGGGAAGGCGAGAGAUGGUCUCAGCUCGUACCAGGCAGGUGAUGGCCGAGUUUGGGAAGAUCUAUGAGCAGCAGUAUGCAGUGGCUCUCUUUAACAGUGUACGCUUUGAAAUCGAGGGAGGAGGGAACCCGCAGUCCCAGCUUUUACACCGAAAGGAUCCGCUGCAGGACAAGUCCAUAUUCUCUGGAGAUCUGUUCCAGUACCUGGAGGAGAAUAAGAAAUGGAGGAACCGCUUCAUCUACGUGGCCGACUCCUACAACAUCAGCUACUAUGAGAACAGACUGGCCCAUGACAGAGGCCUCCAUCCCAAAGGAGUGAUUAACUGUGCCGGAUAUAAGGCCCUGACCUCCAUGGAUGAGUACCUGGAACUGCUCAACAGCUGCCUGUCUGACACAAAGGCCAAGGCAGGAAACUCCCCGUUCCUGAAGUGUGCCUCAAGCUUCCUGCUGAUCCUGUGGCACCCCUACGCUCGCCAUCACUACUUUUACGUGAGGACAGAGAAGGAGCAGAAGAAGUGGCUCGCUGUCUUCCAGGACUGCAUCAGACACACCAACAAUGGUCUGUCGGAGGAGAGCAAGGUGCUGACACCAGCCUUCACAGACUCUCUGCGGCUCUACAGACAGGCCAAGGGUCACUACGGCACCUGGGACAUGAUGUGUGGAGAUCCAGCACGGAUUCUGGCUAACCUGGUGAUGGAGACCCUGCAUCAGGAGCUCAGGGCGCUGAUCGGACCUCGGCUGAAAGGCAAACUGCAGCAGAGACAGAGGGACUGGAUGCUGAUCUCAGAUGCUGUGUACAGGCAGGUGUUGGCUCAGACACGACUGCAGUUUGAUGGAAUGGUUCAGGCUUGCGAGGUAGAGCACCCACGUCUGGACGCUUCACUCCGCACCGACAUGGACCAAAUCAUCACCUCCAAAGAGCACAUUUCUGGAAGAAUACGUACUCUGGUGCAUUCCCGGGCAGAGCAGCUCCUCAGGAGCAGUGUGCAGCCCUACAUAACCUCCAUCCUGGAAGCUCUGAUGGAGCCGGUGAGCCGAGGUUUCUCCGAGGUCAGGGACGUCCUCUUCCGUGAGAUGGUGGAGGUCAGCAAGAACACGCUCAAUGAUGGAGGCAAAGAGGCUCUAGGGAAGCACAUGGAGAAAGUUUCCAUGCUGGCCUUCCACCCAGUAAAGAUGCAGAGCUGCUAUGAGAAAAUGGAGCAGCUGAGUCUGGAAGGCCUGCAGCAGAGAUUCGAAGUGUCCAGUCCUUCCGUGUUCAUUCAGAGAGGCCAGAUCCUCAUGAGAGAGCAAAUGGACGAUGCCGUGUACACGUUUGAGCAGCUGCUGCACCAGAGUCUGGACGGACAGUCAGGAGAUCAGCUCUUUAAAGUCAUCCAGCGCUGUCAGGACCGUGUGAUAAAGAAAUAUGACUAUGACAGCAGCACCGUGCGUAAGAAGUUCUUUAGAGAAGCACUCCUGCAGAUCAUCAUCCCGUACAUGCUGAAACAGCUCUACCCAGUUUAUAGUUCUGAACUGCCGAAGUUCAGAGAGCUCAUCUUUGAGGACUUGUCGCGCUUCAUUUUGGUGGAGAACGUUUUUGAGGAGGUGGUACUACAAUCUGUGACCAAAGACAUCAUGAUGGCGGUGAAGGAGGCAGCUGUCCAGAGGAAGCACAACCUCUACAGGGACAGCAUUGUGCUGACCAACAGCGACCCUAACCUACACCUGCUCGGGGAAGGCCCCAUUGACUGGGCCCAGCAGUACGGAGGAGGAGAGGAGGAACAGGCAGCCCGAGGGGGCAACCGAAAACGCAGGCAGGUGGUCUCCAUGAUUCAGCUGGAGGGCAUGGGACCUUUACCCUACGGGUCGUGCCUGGAGGUCCCUGGGGUGGAAGAGAUACCUGAGGAGAGUGAGGUGACUGAGGAUGUUCAGGAGAAGCCCAUCAGCACAGCAGAGAAUGUCCACCAUCAGCAGCCAACCAACACCGUGGAGUAUGUUCACCACGAGCCCCACGGACCUCCCCCAGACUCCCCAGACAGUGUGGACGAGAUCCGCCUGCUCAUCAACCCUGUGCUGGAGUUGGUUGUUCCAUUCUCAGAAGAAGGUGAUGAGCCAGCGUUGACCAAUGGAAUGUUGCCUUUGGAGGAGGGGCAGGAGAUAAAAGCCAUCACCACAGUCACAGAGAUGCUGCCCCGGGAUUCUGCAGUGGAAAGCGCCAUCCAGGAGCUGGAGAUCGCCGUCCAGGAGGAGGAGGAGGGCGAGCGCCUGGUGGAAUGCACCUUAGACUCUGACGGAGAGCUGGCCCCGCCCUCUUCUUACUCCAGCCCUCGACAUCACGAUGACAGUGGAUUUCAGUCUCCAACCAAUGAGAACGGAGAGGAGGAGGAGCCUCAGCCAGGCCCGGAGGAGGGGGAUGCUGCAGGAGACGCAGUCGUGGAUCCAGAGCAGGUGGAGGUGACAGUGGAGCAGGAAAGAGAGGUGUCUAACGGCGAAUCGGAAACUGGAGAGACAAAAGGAGGGGAAAGCACAGAGGAUGAUUCAGAUGCUGUGUCUGAGAUUUAAAAAUAAAAAAACAUUGGAAUUCUCUGGAAUAUUUCUUAUGGGGAAAAAUUGCUGAGAUGCUGAGAUACUAUUUUUUGUUUGUUUGUGGCUUAAUUGUCUCACAGCAUUUAUAAUAAUUAAUUUUAUUUUUUUAUGGUUGUGAAUGCAGCCAGGCAAGUGAGCAUCGCUUAUUGUUUUGUGUUUUGUUUUAUUUUAUUAUAUUAUUUGUCAAGCCUCUGUUGUUUCCAUAUACUUGUGUUAUCUGUGUUUUUAUUUUAUUAUGUUUGUUUAGCAAGAACUGCAUUUAUGCUUAGUUUUCUUUAUCUUUUAAAUACUAAUAAUUCUCUCUUGCCUCUAUUAUUAUUAUUAUUAUUAUUAAUACUUAAGCCUGCUCCACAGAACCAAGCGCUAUUUGUUGUAACUGAGAUUUCCGUUGUUUUCUUUUCUACGUGGAUAUAAUUUAGAUCUAGUUUAAAGUAAUCUUUAAUAGGGAGUUGUUGGGACUGAUAGUGGUGCAAACACAGAUAAUAUUAAUUAAUAUAUCCCUUAAAACAAGGGUGUCUAAUUAUAUCUGCAAAGGGCAGGCAAACAGCAGCACUCCUGAUUCCACCCUUUGCAGAAAACAUUGGACAGCACUGCUCUAAAUUCCAGAGACACAGUUGUCAGUCUCUCUGAGGUAGAGGUGGGAAAUAUAAAGAUAAUUAUUGAGCUGUGGAGCAGUGGAACUGUGGAACUGUGAUGGAUCUUCAUCUAUAGUACUGUUGAGCUGAGCUGUAAGUUUGGGAGUGCAGUUGUAGAAAAUCGAGUAGAGUUGCUUUUCCUCCGACAGUAGAGACGGUUACUCCAAGAAAAACAGGAUAUACUUAUUUAAUGCCCUUCAGGUAAUGAAUAAACAGUGAAUGAGAAGGUGUCCCAAUACUUUUGUCCAUAAAGUGUAUUGUCACUGUUGUGCAAAAACCUUGUAUCUUAAAAAUGUGUCAGAAUUUCAUUAUAAAAAAAUAAAAAACGGUCCAAUAGGAAUGUUUCAAAAAUGCAUGGCCACCAUUAAAAGAGAAGAUAUUUGUCCCUAUUUCCUAUUCACAAUUUAGAGAUACUAGGUUUUUGCAUAUCGGUAUUCAUAUGAUGUAUAGCAUAUCAUUGCUGACCAAUGAAAAAAAACAAAUCUCCAUUUUUGUUAAUUUUUAUUUUAUACUUUGAACACACAAACUGUCCCUUAUACUGUGUCAAAAUUGCUUGAUGAUUGGGCCAAUAGAAAUUCUCCAUAAUUACAUAAAAAUGAAUAAACUAAUUUCACAUUACCUUCUAUUGAAAGUUAAGAAUGUUUGUUCUCGCCUGUAAAGUUACUGUUUCGGAGAUGCAUGAAUGACUUUUAUACAAAUAUAUGUGCAUUUUCUUUCCAAAUAUUGUAAUGCAGAUCAUAUUAAAAUACAAAUGUCAAAGUUUCAUGAUAUACAAUUUUUGCCAUAUUGCCCACCCCUACUCUAAGCAUUAUUCAUAUGUUAUUUUAUAUGAUUGUGCUUAUGACGUGCUUAUGGUUUUUGCUUAGUUUUGCUUUUUACUGACAAUGGAAUAUGGCCAUAUUCCAACAUUUGGUUACUAAAUAUUUAUCUGAAUAUUUAAAUAUGAGGGACAUGAGGACCUAGAAGAUGUGUUUGGUCUUUAAAUUGUUUAUUUAUUAUUAUAUACACUAGGUCUCCUGUAUACAUGUUAUUGAAAUAGCUGUUUUUGCUAUUUACAGGCUGUUAUCUGGUGGAGUGUUUAGAGCUCCAUGGAACACAUCUCUGACCUGCUUGAUGUAUCACUUGAACACUCGGUAAACAAUGCGGUAAACAAUGCUGAUGCUGAUGAACUGUGAUUUAGCUCAUAUUGCUUUAGUAGUGCUGCACUAUAUAUCAUACACUCCCACCCAUAAUAUCAACUAGAGACUUAUCAUAACUGCCCAAUAUUAUAUAUUUUUCUACAAUCUUGGAUACACAGUGUUAUCAUUUUUGUGACUGUGCAAUUUGUGUAUUUUUUAAUAUUGCAGUAUACAUCCCAGAAUAAAACAAUAUUGUAACUUCAGGGUUUUCUUUUCUUCAAUAUUGUGCAGCCCUACUAUUCAGCAUACUACUUCAAGCCAAGCUUUAGCGUCUUGGAGAUCAGAGCUCAGACCUCAGCUCCAAAGAACAACCAUAUUAAACUAUGUUUAACUGUAGGUUCAGUGAUUUAUUUUUUCCAGUUCAGAUGUUGGAAAAAAAAAAAACGCUCCCAUGAAUGUCUGCUGUCUGCAGUUAUGUAGGUAGAUCACACAGGCAAACCAGUCUUUUCUGCUUAGAUUUUGCAUCUUUCAGUAAAUAAACAAACAGAUCCAUACAAUCCCAAAAUGGAGUGAAUUAGUUUUUUUCAGUUAUUUAUUCCAGGUAUAUAUAUUACUAUUGUUUAAGACCCUUUUCUAUUGUGUGUUUUGUGAGGCAUACAUGAAAUGAAUAAACACUGAUCUUACAGA